AUGGGUCAAAAACUACAAGGGGCCCAAGAUCAAAGAACCACGUUACCACGCCCCAAUAUUCCAAGCAACGGCUUCAACCACCCCCGGAGCCUUUUCAGAAACCCACACAUGACCCAUGGUAUCGGUCUCCCCCCGCCACGACCCUCGCAGCUCCAACAACCUGACGUAAGACCCAGAAACAUCCAGCGGGUUCCGGACAUAGCGGGCCCCUACCGAGAGCCACUUCCCGUGGUGCUACAUCCCAACACAGGUGCCCAUGGUCCAUCUCCUAAGAAUAAGUAUCAAUACGCCCUUUUGGAAAGAUACGAAACUGACAUAAUGAUCAAAUCUGAAGCCAUUCCGGGUCUUGAUGUUCCUCCAUCCUCCGGCGUCGAGAAGUGUGAGCAAGCUUACAAUGCUGCAUUUGUUUACUUUACUUAUGAUUGA